CUGGAGGAGACGCCGGCGCUGGAGAGUGCGCUGCGCCGCCGGCCGCUGAGGGACCGCGGGGUUCGCCGCUGCUGGCUGCUUCCAGCGUUCGCCGAGAGGAAGCGCGGGGGAGUGCGACCGCCUCCAAAUCCAGCCUUCCCGUUUGGUGGGACGACCGUCAGUUCUGUCCGGGAGGAAUGACGGGGUCAAGGGUCUCAUUCUGUCACCCAGGCUAGAGUGGAGUGGUCUCACUCCGUCACCCAGGCCAUCUCAGCUCACUGCAAUCUCCGCCUCCCGAGUUCAAGCGAUUCUUCUCCUGCCUCAGUUUCCCGAGUAGCUGGGAUUACAGGCGCCCGCCAUCACGCCCGGCUAGUUUUUGUAUGUUUAGUAGGGACGGGGUUUCACCAUGUUGGCCAGGCUAGUCUUGAACUCCUGACCUCAGGUGAUCCGCCCAUCUCAGCCUCCCAAAGUGCUGGGAUUGUAGGCGUGAGCCACCGUGCCUGGCAAAGACUUAAUACAUUUUUGUAGAAGGAAGUUUGAGCUCCCCUGGAUGAAGCAGGAAUUGAAUACGAACAGUUCCCAUUGGUUAUGCAUUCUUUAAAAUUCCAGAGGAGAUGGUUACACCGGAAUGAGCAGCUCCUGUGAUCAGAACCGCCUCAUCACUUGUGCAUUGAGAGUAUUUAAUGUAUCUAAAUAAGUACAAAAUGCAAUCGUCUAACCUUUUGAAAAAGUAAAACCAUCACUCAGUAAAGGCUUGGUUAUUCAAACAAAGCCAACAACCUAAGUCUCUAAACAGGAAGAAGAAAUAAAUUCUGAGUUAGGGCUGACUACCAGCUUUAACUUAAACUUUCCUGGCUUUUGUCCAAGUUGUUGAACCUUAAUGCUUUUUCAAUAACUUUUUUUAACUUCCUUGUUUUUCUCCCAUUUCAUUAAAACCCAAAGGUCAAGCCUGUGAAAAAUAAAUACUAUUAAUCAAAUAAGCGACCACAGUUAUUUUUGUCUAUUAUAUUUGACACAAAUUUGGGACACUUUUUUCAAAAAAUAUUUGGGUAUGGACUGUAUAAUGGAAAAAUGUAAGUAAAUAUCUUCACAAGUAUACGUAUGAAAAAUACAUUUUUGUAUGAUUUUAUUUCUGGUGUGACUGAAACAACUAGAAAGUAUAUAGCCACUUGACAACUGUUGACAUUUAAAAACCGCUAUUGUUUCUUCUAUUAAAAACACAUUAAGUGCUUGCCUGUCAUCCCAGCUACUCCAGAGGCUGAGGCAGGAGAAUCUCUUGAGCUCUGGAGUUUGAGAACAGAAUAGGCAACAUAGUGAGACCCUGUCUCAAAAAAUAAACAAUAAAACAAUAGCUAAGCAAACUUUUUUAAAUUGAAGAGUUUGGCACUCUGCCUAUAUUCAUCAUCCCAGAGUUAAAAUAUUUCAACAUUUGGCACAUCUUAAAGACUACUAAACUGAUGUUUUAAAAGUGGGCUUUGACUGGGCGCGGUGGCUCAUGCCUGUAGUCUCGGUACUUUCAGAGGCUGAGGCGGGUGGAUCACCUGAGGUCAGGAGUUCAAGAUCAGCCUGGCCAACGUGGUGAAACCCAGUUUCUACUAAAAAUACAAAAAUUAGCCGGGUGUGGCUGCGGGCGCCCGUAAUCCCAGCUACUUGGGAGGCUGAGGCAGGAGAAUCACUUGAACCUGGGAGGCGGAGGUUGCAGUGAGCUGAGAUUGCGCCAUUGCACUCCAGCCUGGGCAACAGGAGCAAAACUCCGUCUCAAAAAAAAAAAAAAAAAAAAAAAGUGGGCUUUACUCUUUUUUUUUUUUUUUGGGGGGGGGACUUUACUCUCAACUGAGGUUUCCAAAGGCUACCACUGUAAAUAAUUCGUGUCACCACUAAGAUAAAUAUAAAUCACUGACUACGUGCUUUUAUUCAUAGAGAAGUCAUGUAAAAUAUUAGAUCUCAAAUUUGUGGCCGGGUGCGGUGGCUCACGCCUGUAAUCCCAGCACUUUGGGAGGCCAAGGCGGGCAGAUCACGAGGUCAGGAGAUCAAGACCAUCCUGGCUAACACGGAGAAACCCCGUCUCUACUAAAAAUACAAAAAAUUAGCCGGGCGUAGUGGUGAGCGCCUGUAGUCCCAGCUACCGGGAGGCUGAGGCAGGAGAAUGGCGUGAACCCGGGAGGCGGAGCUUGCAGUGAGCCGAGAUCGCACCACUGCACUCCAGCCUGGGCGACAGAGCGAGACUGUGUCUCAAAAAAAAAAAAAAAAAAUCUCAAAUUUGUUCGAGUGGCAGAGCUCCUUGCUGGCAUCCUUGCAGAUUUAAUUUUAAUUAAAAAACCAAAACCGGGCCGGGCGUGGUGACUCACGCUUGUAAUCCCAGCACUUUGGGAGGCGGGGCAGGUGGAUCACCAGGUCAGGAGUUCGAGACCAACCUGGCCAACAUAGUGAAACCCCCAUCUCUACUAAAAAACAAACAAACAAACAAAAACAGAAAAUAUUAGCCUGGUGUGGUAGCAUGCUCCUGUAAUCCCAGCUACUCGGGAGGCUGAGGCAGGAGAAUCACUUGAACCCGGGAGGUGAGGGUUGCAGUGAGCCAAGAUUGUGCCACUGCACUCCAUCCUGGGCGACAGAGCGAGACUCCAUCUCAAUAGAUAAAUAACCAAAACCAUUUUGCUAACAGAAAACAUAACUAUAUCAUAUAUCUAUAGGUGUUUUGAUUAUCAAAUGAAACAAUGCAUUAAAUACCUAAAAGAAACAUGUUAGCGAGAUAAAACCAAACAACAGUAAAUUUACACAUCAAGUCUAGUCAGAAGCAUGAGUAGGCUCAAUAGGGCAGCUUGGUAUACCAGGUGUGAUGUCUGAUGGUUAACAAGUUUUUUUCUUCCUUUAGGGUUGAGGAAUAUCAGUAGCCAGAAGUUUUAAGUCGAGGGAAAGAAACACUGGAGAAAUUCAGUUUUUUUCUUCCUGUGAUUUAAGAGACAAUAGUAUUCUUUUUUAGUUAAAGAACCAUAUUGUUUAGUCUGACACAUUGUUUAAGCUUUCCUAAAUUUGUCAUCAACAGCUGUUUUGUUUCUCAUCAAGCAAAGUCAUAUAGUGUAUUGCCCAUUUGAGGUUCUAAUAAAUAUGGGAUAAUCCCUAGUUGCUAUCAUUCUAUCCAAAGAAACUCAAGGUUUUAGUUGGUUUCUGUUACCUUUUCUUUUUUUUCUUUUUUCUUUUCUCUUUUUUUUUUUUUUUUUGAGACAGAGUCUUGCUGUGUCACCCAGGCUGGAGUGUAGUGAUGCCAUCUCGGCUCACUGCAACCUCUGCCUCCCGGGUUCAAGCAUUUCUCCUGCCUCAGCCUCCUGAGUAGCUGGGAUUACAGGUGCCCACCACCACACCUGGCUAAUUUUUUUGUAUUUUUAGUAGAGACAGGGUUUCACUAUGUUGGCCAGGCUGGUCUCAAACCCUUGACCUCGUGAUCCGCCUGCCUCAGCCUCUCAAAGUGCUGGGACUGCAGGUGUGAGCCACCUCGGCCAGCCAGUUUCUGUUAUCUCAUGGUGGGUAAAUAUGGUCUUGGUGGUUCCAUUAAGAAACUGGAAAUGUUGAAAAUAGCUUGAAGCUGGGCUUUAAACAUUACAUUUGUAAAACAUGGUUCAGGAACCACUGCUGCAGAGUAAUUCUUUAAACUGAAAUUUUGAUAGUGCAAGUUUAUGACUUUUAAAAAGUCAUCAAAUAAAUUAGCUUUUGAGACUAUAGGGUGAAAAUAUCUGAAAUGUAUAAAAAUUGCUUGGUUUUGUAUAGUACCUUAUUAUAUAUAAUUUUCUGGUUAUUUUUUAAAUAAAAGAUAUACUGGCCGGGCACAGUGGCCCAUGCCUGUAAUCCCAGCACUUGGGGAGGUCGAGGCAGGUGGAUCACGAGGUCAAGAGAUCGAGGCCAUCCUGGCCAACAUGGUGAAACCCUGUCUCUGCUAAAAAUACAUGGUGGCACGCACCUGUAGUCCCAGCUACGCGGGAGGCUGAGGCAGGAGAAUCGCUUGAACCCAGGAGGCGAAGGUUGCAGUGAGCUGAGAUCAUGCCACUGCACUCCAGCCUGGCAACAGAGUGAGACUGUCUCAAAAAAAAAAAAAAAAAAAGAUUUACUAUAUUGCAAUUAUUUUCUGGCUUUCUUUCUUUUGAGUUACUAUAUAUCUUUCAAGAUAAUCCUCUUGGUUAACCUUUCUUGUCAUCUCCUGUGGUGUUCUUUCAAGGUUAAAUUUGAGAAGAUGGAGUAGCAUAGAACAUAGCGUGCAGCAGUUCACUACCACAAGUUUUAGGGGCCACGUUAGUCAGGAUGUUGUUGGUUCCUUCGUUUUCUGGUAUUAGUUUUUAGAAGCCCCUCAUUAAUCCAUACUAUCUUUAAGGCUGUUAGUAACCUCUUUGUAUAGAAUUUCUGCAUUCUAAAGGAAACAUAAGCUUGUUUCAGUACACUCACGCUGUAGAUUAAUUCUGAUAUUACACAUCUCCUUCAGACUUUGUACCCUCUCUCUUCCAUCCCUUACCCUUAUCGAUUAGGUUGGUAUUACCUGAAAACCCAUAGAAAAUGACCAGGUGAAGUGCUUUAUGCUUUCUACCCCAUAAGGUAUAAUUCUAGACCAUAUUGGUUGUGAGAGGCUGUAUUCCAGUCUGCACCUGCUAAGAAUUUGAAUCUAUUUUAGUACCAAUCUUGGAGUUCUUGUUUGGCUCUACUCUUAGCCAACCCCACAGAGUCUAAAAUUGGAUCUGAAUCCAGUAUUUGCCAGCCAGUGACAGACAUAAACUAGGUUCUUUAUAAAUGUUUCAUGAAUUGACCUGCAUCCCUACAUUGAUUCAGGAUCUUAUUGUCCAUUGGGAAGGAAGAUUUACUUAGCUGGGAGUAACAAUUCCCAAAUUUGCCCUAGUUGCAAUAUUUUUUUACCAAGGGUACAUGCAAGUCAGGUUCACUUCUGAAAGUAAGGAAACAGGAUAGCAUUCACUUCAUGAUCAUAACACAGUCUGGGUAUACAUAUGUGUUUGUGAGUAUACGUUUAUAAAAAAAAGGUCGUUUAUAUUUGGUUUUGGAAUCAACUUUUGAAUUUGUCUAAACUUGUUAAGAAUUUACAAGUUCUAUUUAAAGAUAUCUGGGCCAGAAACCAGAACCACUUGUGUUUAAAUACUAUUGCUAUUCUGUACACAGCUCAAGGUUCUGGUAUUUUCUCUUAAGCAUUCCUCUUCUCCCCUUGCACCAAAAAAAAAAAAAAAAGGAAUUGCGCUGCAUUAGUUGGUUUCUAUGGGGAUAUGGGGAUUAAGUUUCUACAAGAUUCAAGGCAGAAGAAAUAUACAUUUAUAUAUUAAAAGAUAAAAAAAUUGCUAACUCUUAGAAUUAUUUAAUGGCCCCAAACUUGGAUGAAACCUCAAUUUCCAGACACUCUUCAAAUAUCCAAUGCAGAAUUAUCACAGAGCAUAUGUUUUUUCAGUGCUACCAUUAGCUUGCUAUUGACAUUACUUUUCUUUUACUCAUUUUUCACUCAAGAAAUUUUACUGCAGGAUAAAACUCCAGGAUAAAACUGUCAAGUGCCGGGCGCGGUGGCUCACGCCUGUAAUCCCAGCACUUUGGGAGGCCGAGGCGGGCGAAUCACCUGAGGUCGGGAGUUUGAGACCAGCCUGACUAACAUGGAGAAACCCUGUCUCUGCUAAAAAUACAAUUAGCUGGGCAUGGCAGCACAUGCCUGUAAUCCCAACUACUAGGGAGGCUGAGGCAGGAGAAUCGCUUGAACCUGGGAGGCAGAGGUUGCAGUGAGCUGAGAUUGCGCCAUUGCGCUCCAGCCUGGGCAGUAAGAGCAAAACUCAGUCUCAAAAAACAAACAAAAAAACUGUCAAGUAAGGAAGUUGAUAAAUAAGAAAACUAGUUAUGUAAAAUAGCAUUAAAUUAUUAAUUUGCUUUAAGGAGAUGUUAUUCACUAAUUAUUUUUAAACAGAAAUGAACUUCAGUCGGAAACUAGAAUUUACUAAAAACUUUGUUCAACAUAUUAGUAAAUAAUGCCAGCUGUACAUGAACUGACAACUAUCUGAUUUAUAUGUUGCUAUUCUUCCUUUAUUUUAGGUGUGGGAAUUAAAACAACACACAUAUUUUGACUGGGGCUUUGAUCAACCAAAUGCUAAAAAGCCACAUAAAGAAGAUCCCUAACAGUCAUUUCUCAACAAUUAUAUAGUCAACUGAUGUAACAAUGGUACUAAUAUUGGGACGCAGACUAAACAGAGAGGAUCUUGGGGUGCGUGAUUCCCCAGCAACUAAGCGUAAAGUUUUUGAAAUGGACCCCAAAUCUCUGACAGGUCAUGAGUUUUUUGACUUCUCUUCAGGAUCAUCCCAUGCCGAAAACAUACUCCAGAUAUUUAAUGAAUUUCGAGAUAGCCGCUUAUUCACAGACGUUAUCAUUUGUGUGGAAGGAAAAGAAUUUCCUUGCCAUAGAGCUGUGCUCUCAGCCUGUAGCAGCUACUUCAGAGCUAUGUUUUGUAAUGACCACAGGGAAAGCCGAGAAAUGUUGGUUGAGAUCAAUGGUAUUUUAGCUGAAGCUAUGGAAUGUUUUUUGCAGUAUGUUUAUACUGGAAAGGUGAAGAUCACUACAGAGAAUGUACAAUAUCUCUUUGAGACAUCAAGCCUCUUUCAGAUUAGUGUUCUCCGUGAUGCAUGUGCCAAGUUCUUGGAGGAGCAACUUGAUCCUUGUAAUUGCUUAGGAAUCCAGCGCUUUGCUGAUACCCAUUCACUCAAAACACUCUUCACAAAAUGCAAAAAUUUUGCAUUACAGACUUUUGAGGAUGUAUCCCAGCACGAAGAAUUUCUUGAGCUUGACAAAGAUGAACUUAUUGAUUAUAUUUGUAGCGAUGAACUUGUUAUUGGUAAAGAGGAGAUGGUUUUUGAGGCCGUCAUGCGUUGGGUCUAUCGUGCCGUUGAUCUGAGAAGACCACUGUUACAUGAGCUCCUGACACAUGUGAGACUCCCUCUGUUGCAUCCCAACUACUUUGUUCAAACAGUUGAAGUGGACCAAUUGAUCCAGAAUUCUCCUGAGUGUUAUCAGUUGUUGCAUGAAGCAAGACGGUACCACAUACUUGGGAAUGAAAUGAUGUCCCCAAGGACUAGGCCACGCAGGUCCACUGGCUAUUCUGAGGUGAUAGUUGUCGUUGGAGGAUGUGAGCGAGUUGGAGGAUUUAAUCUUCCAUACACUGAAUGCUACGAUCCUGUAACAGGAGAAUGGAAGUCUUUGGCUAAGCUUCCAGAAUUUACCAAAUCAGAGUAUGCAGUCUGUGCUCUAAGGAAUGACAUUCUUGUUUCAGGUGGAAGAAUCAACAGCCGUGAUGUCUGGAUUUAUAACUCACAGUUAAAUAUUUGGAUCAGAGUUGCCUCUCUCAAUAAAGGCAGAUGGCGUCACAAAAUGGCUGUCCUCCUUGGUAAAGGGUUUCUUAAAACCUCUAUACUAGGCCAGGUAUGGUGGCUCACACCUGUAAUCCCAGCACUUUGGGAGGCCAAGGUAUAUGUUGUUGGAGGCUAUGAUGGGCAAAACAGACUUAGCAGCGUAGAAUGUUAUGAUUCCUUUUCAAAUCGAUGGACUGAAGUUGCUCCCCUUAAGGAAGCAGUGAGUUCUCCUGCAGUGACUAGCUGUGUAGGCAAACUGUUUGUGAUUGGUGGAGGACCUGAUGAUAAUACUUGUUCUGAUAAGGUUCAAUCUUACGAUCCAGAAACCAAUUCUUGGCUACUUCGUGCAGCUAUCCCAAUUGCCAAGAGGUGUAUAACAGCUGUAUCCCUAAACAACCUGAUCUAUGUUGCCGGUGGACUGACCAAGGCAAUAUACUGUUAUGAUCCAGUUGAAGAUUACUGGAUGCACGUACAGAAUACAUUCAGCCGUCAGGAAAACUGUGGUAUGUCUGUGUGUAAUGGUAAGAUAUAUAUCCUGGGUGGAAGACGGGAAAAUGGAGAAGCCACAGACACUAUUCUCUGUUAUGAUCCUGCAACAAGUAUCAUCACAGGGGUAGCUGCAAUGCCCAGGCCAGUGUCCUAUCAUGGCUGUGUGACUAUUCAUAGAUACAAUGAGAAAUGCUUUAAACUCUGAAGACAGGAUACCUCACCGAAGAAGCCACACUGAUCCAAGAUGGGAGGUUUUAAAAACUCUAGAGUGGAAACUUCACAUAUCUCCUUUGUGCCAUAUGCAAAAAAUAGUAAAAAUAAUAAUUUGGUGCCUUUCUCCUCAAAAUAUCAAUCUUUUAAACUGUAAUAAAGCCUUUCCUAUAAUUGAAAAAAAACUUUUUUGUUAAAGGUAAUGGUGGUUGUUACUUGGCCUUUGAAGAGUGUACCUUUGUAAGUAUUUGUAAGAAGUCUAUGUGAAUUAGGAAAUGUCUGUCUGCAUACCUUUUAGGAACGUGUGAAUGGUGUCUUCACUUAUUAUGUAUGUUUAUCUGUAUGUAUAUUCCUUAUUUUGUCAUAUAUGUAGAGAAAAUUGCAUGACUUGAGGCAUCAUUUAGGUUAAAGAAGUUAAUGCUUAGAAUGCAUUCUAGGAGAAAAAAUCAGUUUUAAAAACCUUUGUUGUUAACAAAGUAUAUCCAGAUUGAUUAAUUUUAUUGAAGGGUUUUUUUUCUGUGAUUGAUAAAAAGGUAAUGACAACAAUUCAAGUAUCAUAAAAUACUCAACUAUCGUGACUUUAUUCUUAGAAUUGCUGUCUUGCAUUAAACGUGUUUUUAGGGGGAAGUUAGGUAGGAGAUAGAAAAAUAAGUGCCCCUACAAGGGGGAUUAAAAUUACAAGUUAAUUCCUAAGAGAAAAAUGGAAUGGCCAUUGAAGGAAAAAUGACCCACUAUGGCUCUCAAAGUUUUUAUGCAUCAUCUCUUCAAUCCUCUAAGAAAGCUUCUUUUCUUAACUUGAUAAAGCAGUUGAAACCCAUUUUGCAAUAUUGUUUUGUGAAAAACAGGGACAGCCAGCCAGGCACAGUGACUCACACCUGUAUUCCCAACUACUCAGUAGGCUGGGGCAGGAGAAUUACUUGAGCCCAGGAGUUUGAGGCUGCAGUGAGCUAUGAACGCACACUUCACUCUAGCCUGGGCAACGGGGUGAGACACUGUCUCAAGAGAAAAUAAAAAGAAAAAUAGGGAUAGGUUUUCUUCCCUAGCCCAGUAGGGUUUGACCUCAUUAGUAUGGUGCUUUGGGUGAGGACCUCUUCCUUGAUUAUCCUACUUUCUAGUGAAACAGCUAAAAUUCCUGAGAGUCUCUACUGUUAAGGUACCUUUAAUAGGAUAAAGCAGGGACCACCUAUCUCAGUGGGUCCAUUUUUCUUUUAAAAUCAGUUAUCUGAAAAAAACUUAGCAGUAGUUCCCACCUUUAAGGUAAGUCUUUCAUUUGGGCCCCAUUGUGUAAAAUACUAAUCAACAUUUUCAAGCUUCUAUACAACAGACUGCUUUUGUCUAGAUUUCUCAGCUCCACUUUAUAAAGCUUAUCAGUUUUCAGAGAGGAAUGUGAAUUUUUUUUUCUAAUGCAAAUAGAUGGAUAUGGCAGGAACUACAGCAUAAGUGAUUAUUGUGAUUCUGGGUGGACGGAUAUAAUUUACAACAUUUAGGGAUGUUCUAGGUAGCCUGCUGUAGUUUGACUUCCAGUCACUGUUGUCUUUCACAUUAUAAUUUGUAUAUUUCUUGUGAUAGAAGGGAUGAUGCAAAUAUGUAAUUACAGUGUCACCAGAUUUCUGUUAAAACCAAAGUUGAAAUAAAAAGCCUAACAUUGGUAAGCUACAUUGUUUUCUCAUUUUAGAAUGAUACAGAGAUUUCAAAUAGACAUUUUUUAAACUUUAAUGCUUAGCUAGAAUCUACAUUCUGAGGAAAACUCUAAAAAACUUAAAAAUUUUUAGGGAAUUUCAAAUCAUAAUUUUAAAAUGAUAGAUACCAUUUUGUGAUAACAGCAAUUCAGAAAACAAUUUUCUAUCCUCUUAGUUGAAAGAAUGUAGGUACAGUUUGGAUACUUGUACUUUAAUUUUAGAGUAAACAUCUGCAUUAUACUCUUAUAGAUAAUAGAAUUAUUUAGUUAAGAAAUUCUUUACAGUAAAUGAGAUAAUGUGUGAAAAAUUAUUUUGUAAAUGCUGAGGAUUCUACAAAUGAUAGUUGUUAUUUUCAUGUGUAUUUGUAAGAUCAUGUCCAUUUCAUGAAUAUAGGACUUCACAUAAAAAAAGACGUUCUGAAGAUAACUUUAUAUUCUAGUAUUUUUGUCUAUUGUAAAAAGUAUUAACUAUUUACUUUCAUUUUGUUAUACAUUUAUUUUAAUAUCCAUGUGUUUAUUAUAGUAAAUUUGAAAUGAAAUCCCAAAAAACAGAAUUUUUUUAAACACAGACCUCACACAAUAUUAAUUUUUUCUCUACAUAUUUUAAAACUACAUAAAUUAAGUACUUAAAAUUUAUAUUGAAGGCCACCAAGAACUUAGGUUGAAUCUUAGAAAAUUUAAAUAACUAUUUUUAAAGUUACCCAACUUAUAUUUUAAUUUUUUAAUGUUUAUCUUCCUUUACUAAUUCUUAAUAAAUAAUAGCAUUAGACUUGACAAAAUAAAAAAGAAUUUUAGAGUAGAAUUAAUAUAUCAAAAGGGAUAUAUCAACCAAAUUGGUGUCAGAUUGUAUUCAUUCUCUCAUCACAUAAAGAUUUUUCUUUUGAUAGGUGAUGCUCAUAUGAACUUUUGGUUUAGAAUCUAUAUAUGUACAUGUGUAUGUAUGUAGAUAGUAUGGUUGUAUACAAACAUAUAUACCAAACACCAUGAAUUUUAGCAGUCUGUGAUGAUCAGCAAAAAAGCACAUAAAGUAAAAAUUAGUUGACCAUGCUAAAUUCAAUUCUGGAAGAUUUUUUUUAUUUGGGCAUUUCUAGAACUUUUUAUAUUUGAAAGUACAUGAUGAGUAUUAGUAAUGAUGACUUAAUGUAUAAACAGAAUCUUUAUGACAAUUUAGUUUUACAAGGUCAGAAGAGAUGAGUUUGCUAAACCCGGCUGUGAUACCUCAGUUGGAAAGGGAAUUCAAAGGUAUGCUUUGUAGAACAGAAAAGUACAGGUUUUUUUUUUUUCAUGAACUUUAAUCCUUUUCUGUUUUUCCUCUAUGUGAGUCAGCUACAAAAGUGGUCUAAUUUUUACAACAGUAGAACUUCCUCCUUUUCUACUCUAAUCUUCCCACUGACUUUACUGCACAGGUAUGAAAUACUAGUGUAUUGGAUGUUCAGUAACCUUUUUAUUUCCUAGAUGAUUGAAAUAUAGGUAUUUACUCCAUUUAAACCAGGUGAUAAGAUGAUGUAAAUACUCAGGGAGGGUAUUAACUUGUUACUUUUGCUUGUUUGGGGUGUAAAGUGCCAUGACUGAAUAAUCCUCAAUUCAUGAUUCUAGAGUAAGUUUAAUUUAGAAAAAGGGGCUUCACACAUGGUGGUGGUUGAACAUUGAUUCUUUUAUAUUUAAAAAGAUGAAAAUGUUUUGUGGACUGAUAAAUUUUAUCUUAGUGAAUAUGAAUUGUUUAUGUAUCUCUACUGUCAAAAAGCCUUUUUGAAACUCAGGAAAGACAAAGGUUCAAUUACACCACUUUUGUCAAUAAGCAAACCAGGUAUUUUUUUUUCCUGUUGUCUGGAUAUGGCAAUAGAUUUUUUAAAUUGCUGUGAGAACCCAUAUAUGAAAAGAGAGGAGUUGAAUUGUGUGUGCCUUUUAUGUCUUGAGAUUUAUAUGUAGAAAAGACAUCUACUUCAAACUGUAUUUUCUUUUUCGUUUUUUUUUUUGUGGGGGGCGGGUGGGGGGACGGGGUCUUGCUCUGUUGCCCAGGCUGGAGUGCAGUGGCAGGAUCUCAGCUGACUGCAACCUCCACCUCUCGGGUUCAAGGGAUUCUGCCUCAGCCUCCUGAGUAGCUGAGACCACAGGUGCGUGCCACCACACCCGGCUAAUUUUUUUGUAUUUUUAGUAGAGACGGGGUUUAGUAGAGACAGAUCACUCCUGACCACGUGAUCCACCUCGGCCUCCCAAAGUGCUGGGAUUACAGGCGUGAGCCACCACACCCGGCCUGUAUUUUCAGAGAGGAGAGCUUGGUGUUUAUGUGGUGCCAAGUGGUAAGAUAAUGUCUCUUCAAGGCUUCCUAUGGACUGCCUUUAUUUUAGUAAACUCAAGACACCAGUUAACCUCAACAGAGUUUUGGCCUUACUAGAAUUUGUUGUGCAUCUUAUUGAAAGCCAGGUUUACAUCACCUCACCCCAUUAUUCUUUUUAGUUAAAUAAAUUCACCAUGCCAAGUAACCAGAAUGGAGCAAAUUGGUUGAUCUUUAAGGCAGUAGGUUUGACUAGCUAGCUAUCAUUAUUGUCACAUCUAAUGCUAGGCACCAGAAACCAUUUGAGCCAGGAGUGUGAAUGAAUAAUUCCAGAGACACUUUAGACAUUUUUUAAUGUUUUAUAUGAACGUUUUACAUUUGUGUGAUUGCCUUAGAUGUUAAAUUUUCCUAGUGCUGAAAGUUACCAUCAUAAAUAAUGUUUUAAAAACAGCAACAUUCAUAACUUAUUUUAUAUAUUGUUCCAAAGAAAAGAAUUUGUUUUAAUGGUUUCAAAAUAACCGCACCUGAAUUUGUUUAUGUGCCUUAAGUUCUUUAGUGCUAUUUCAACUUUUUUUUCAAUCUAAAUGAAGCUUACCUUAGAUAAGGUUCACACUUGUUUCCUAUAGAGUAAAUAAACUUCCCCUUCUUAAAUUGUGUAAUAAGCACCAACGUGUGGUUGCUUGGCAGAAUGAGAAUGUUAAGGGAGAUUGUUGGAUGUUUGGAGUUUCAUUAUAUUUUUUAUUUUUAUUUUUUGAUACCUAGGUGCUUUUUAAAAUAUUCAGACAAAUAUCUAUCUUUCAUUGAUUAAACCCGUGUAAAUUCAUUUGCAGUAUCUACAUCGAAUGUCAAAAAAGUAUACUUAUUUUUGUUCCAUACUUAUGUACAAUUUUUUCCCUCUUCAGGCUUUUUCAUUUAACUUUCUUGAAAAAGCACUUACUCUCCCCUUCCCUAUCACCCCUCCCCCAAGGUUUCUUUAUUUAAAUUUUUAUUGAGAGUUGUUGGAGCUCUAAGACAAUACAAUUUUAGAGUUGAACAAAAGUAUAAUCUGCUUUACAACUAGUAUAGACCUAAGGUCAUUUGCUUUCAAUUAGAGGCUCCAGUCUUCAUAGUGGAAAGAAUGCUUUGUAUUUAAUUGUUCUUAGUUAAGUUGUAGCACUUGAAUACUUACAUGUUUUGUUUAAAUAUAGUUCUUGCAUAGUUUAAUUUUUUAAAAGUUAUAUCUAAUAAAAUGUCUUUUAACCAUUAUUACUUGACUAUAUGGUUGUAUUAAAUUUUGUUUACCAAAAA